GUGUCAAUAGCCAAAUUAUGGUGUAUACAAUAAAAUUUCAGUGUUAUAAUGUCAGAUUCGUGUAAUAUAUCUCAAGAUGCUAUAAAAUCAGUCAAUAGUACGUUGUUACAAAAUCAGUCGUCCCUCUAUAAAGAAAAUAUAAAAUUACAAGAUGAUAUAGUACGAUUAUCUCAGCAGUUGGAGGAGAUCCGAUCAUUAAAGAUGAACGACGAUCUAUUUCAAUAUUUCCAAAAAGAAAAAGAAAAUUUACUAACUCUUAAUAACACAUUAAGAGAAAAUAUUCGGCAUUUAAAAACCCCAUCCAAAUUUGGUGACAAUGAAGCAAAAAAUGAGCUCCGUGAUACAGUUUACCAGCUUGACAAAAUAAUAGAAAAAGUCAGACGAAACGAUAAAUUUGAAAUAAAACCACAAAAGAACAAUACGGAGGAAGUCAUUACGUCUUUGACAAAAAAACUUGAAGAAGAAGAGCGAAAAUAUGAAGAGUCCAACGAAGCAUUGCGAAAACUACGGGAAGACGAUGAGAAAUAUAUGUUGCGAGAGAAAAUACUAGAUAUGAAACAACUUCUUACAGAUCUAGAAGUAGAAAACACAAAACUAAAGUACGAAAAUGAGCAACUUCUACAAGACAUCGAACAUUACAAAAAACAGUUAGAUGAAGCACUCGAAGAAACUAAAGCCACUGCGAAACAGUGUUGUGCUUUAGACGAUGAAAAAGAACUAUUAAAGAAAACAAUCUCCAAUUUGGAAAACGAACGAAUACGAAUAAAGAAAGCUAUGAUAGAAGAAAUGAAUGAAGCUAAUCGGGCAAAGAGAGUAUCGGUAGACACUGAAAUUGCGCUCCAGCAUAUUUCUGAAGCCUACGAAAACAAACGAAAAGAAAUAAAAAGUUUGAUGGAGCAACUUGAAGAUGCUGAAAACAUUAUCAAAGAAUUUAAACAACAAAUUAAUAUACCUAUAUUAUAAUGUAUUUCUAAA